CCCAAGAAAUUUUUUUUACACACACAGGCGCAGCUUCGUGUGGAUUUUUUCAUCGGAAAAUUUUCCAGAAAGUACGCUUGAAAUUUACGAAAAAGUCGUAAUCAAAUGAAGUGAAAUUUUUUUUAAAAUUAUCUACUAUCGCGUAUUAGUGAAAGAGGCUUUUUUUGCUGAAGAAAUUCGCCCCCAAAGGUUUCCAAAGAUAUUUUUCAAUUGAGCCAAAUGGGUGCGAAGCUGACGACGUAAAAAUUUUUGUGUGUAUCAACGAAGGAGCGGUGAAAACGGACGGCGCGAGAGCGCAAAGCGGAGAGAGCAAGAAGAGGAAGCAAAGCCAGCAACAGCGCAAGUCAAGAGAUUUUCCUUUGCGAGUGUGUUUAAUAGGGUGGUGUGUGCGUGCGCGUUGGGAAAAUGAUGGAAAAUUACGAGGAAAUUCGCCUGGGCCACAUGAAUGCCAAAGAUUUAGGCGACAUUGCCGAGGUACAGAGGCAAAGUAACCCAGACUUUUUUCCACCCAGAGAUUUUGAUUUUGGCGCCGAAAUUCUGGAAACAACGUCCACAUCGGCGGUCGUAGCAACGGCGACAGAAACAACACUUGCGCCAACAGCAACAAGAAGCGAAGUACCAGGCAAAGCAAAUGCUGAAAUCAAAACAAAAACAUUGGCCGUCAGAGAAGAACAAGACCAAAUUGGCGCCAUUUCGGAAGAUAUGCCGAAAAAUCCAUCCCCCCUUAAAUCUGGUGGAGUUGUUGUCACCAACUCGGAAGGCGAAGAGGAAGAGGAGGAUGAAGAGGAUGAGGACAUAUACGAUGGAGACGACGGAGAGGGGGAUUCUAACGAGGACUCUAGCUCAGAUUGUUCGUCAUCCGCCUCACCUAGCGAUUGGAAACUUCGUUGGCUUCAGAGAGAAUUUUUAACCGGAAGGGUACCCCGUCAGGUGAUAGCCAGCAUCAUACCACACUUUGCCACAGGACUAGCUGCGGACACAGAUGACUCAGUGCUGUGGGACUACCUGGUCCACCUGUUGAACGAGCCAAAGCGCCGGAAUAAACUUACAAAUGUCAAUACCUUCGACGAUGUUAUAGAUUUGGUUAAGAAAUCGGAAAAAAUCAUCGUGCUCACAGGAGCGGGCGUAUCUGUAUCCUGCGGCAUUCCCGACUUUCGUUCCACGAAUGGUAUAUACGCCAGAUUGGCUCAUGAUUUCCCGGAUCUACCCGAUCCGCAAGCCAUGUUUGAUAUCAAUUAUUUUAAGAGGGAUCCCCGGCCCUUCUACAAAUUCGCUCGCGAGAUAUAUCCUGGAGAAUUUCAACCUUCUCCAUGCCAUCGGUUCAUCAAAAUGCUGGAGACAAAAGGAAAGCUGCUGCGCAACUAUACACAGAACAUCGACACUUUGGAGAGAGUAGCCGGCAUUCAAAGGGUCAUCGAAUGCCACGGCUCGUUCUCAACAGCCUCGUGCACCAAGUGCAGGUUCAAGUGCAAUGCCGACGCUCUGCGGGCGGACAUAUUUGCCCAGCGCAUACCUGUAUGUCCCCAGUGCCAGCCAAACAAAAAGCAAAGCGUGGAUGCCUCUGUGGCCGUCACCGAGGAAGAGCUGCGCCAGCUUGUCGAGAACGGUAUUAUGAAGCCGGACAUCGUUUUCUUUGGAGAGGGUCUUCCGGAUGAGUACCAUACGGUUAUGGCCACCGAUAAGGAUGUGUGCGACCUACUUAUUGUGAUUGGUUCUUCACUUAAAGUCCGACCCGUGGCCCACAUCCCCAGUAGCAUUCCAGCGAAUGUGCCGCAGAUAUUAAUCAACCGGGAACAGCUUCACCACCUUAAGUUCGACGUGGAGCUGCUGGGCGACUCCGAUGUAAUUAUCAAUCAGAUUUGUCACCGUCUCUCAGAAGAUUCGGAGGAUUGCUGGCGGAAACUGUGCUGCGAUGAAACCGUUCUCGAAGAAAGCAAGGAGCUGAUACCAACGGAGCACUAUCACAACUAUCAUCACCACUAUCGACACUCCAGCUCUGAGAGCGAUAGUAAAUUGCAAAUAGAUACAGAUACACAAUCCGUGAAGUCUAAUGGAUCUACCGAUUAUAUUCUGGGCUCUGCUGGAACCUGCUCUGACUCUGGGUUCGAAUCUUCCAUAUUUACAAGAGGAAAGCGUUCCAGCGCCGCCGAAGCGGCCGCUAUUGAGAGAAUUAAAACCGACAUACUGGUAGAGUUAAACGAAACAACAGCACUUUGUUGUGAUCGGUUGGCAGGAGGAACGCAGCAAAGCACUGUGGAAAGCUAUCGGCAUCUAUCUAUCGAUUCCUCCAAAGACAGUGGGAUUGAACAGUGCGACAACGAGGCUUCCUCUAGCUACAAUGUGCGUCCCAGCAAUCUCGUGCAAGAAACUAAGAGGGUAGCGCCAAGUUUAACGCCAACGCCUCAGCAACGGGGAAAACGUCAGACCGCAGCAGAACGUCUCCAGCCGGGAACUUUCUACUCGCACACCAAUAACUAUUCGUAUGUGUUCCCGGGAGCUCAGGUUUUCUGGGACAAUGACUACUGCGACGAUGACGACGAGGAUGAGGAUGAGGCUAGAGCUAACAAAACAAACCAAGACCUUUUUGGAAAUAUGGUAGAGAAUUAUGAUGAUGAUGAUGUUGAUGAAGCAGAGGAAGCUUGCGAUCUGAAUGCCGUUCCCUUGUCGCCGUUGCUGCCGCCCUCGUUAGAAGCUCAUAUAGUCACCGAAAUAACCAGUGGAAAUAAUCGAGAAAUCGUGGCAACUGGCAACAGCAGUCCGGGGCAUAAGCGUGCCAGCUGCAUCCCUGCAUCUAAAAUCGAAACCGAAACGCAAACGGGGAUUCCUCCCGUGAAGAAAAGACGACCCAGCGGGGAUCGAUCGGAAGAGAGUCCGCCUUCUGCACAGUUGGAAGCUGUGUAAAUGUUAUUUAGCCCUGCUAGAACUUUAGUAUUUAUUUUAAAUUCAAUUUAAACAACAAAAAUUAACGCAAAGACAAAAACGUUACUGAGCUCGGAUAACACAAGAUUAGGAUCCGUUUCCAAUUUGAUUUUAAUAAAAGGUCUAUACAGACCAUAUAUAUUUUAUUAAACUCAAGGAAAUUCAUCAAAAUAGGACCAGCUACAAACCGGAAACUAGGUGUAAACCUUCAAUCCUCGUUCAGCUUAAUUCUAAUUGAAAUAUUUUGAAAGAGCUCUUGUAUGUUCAUUUUUGGCGUUAUUUAAAACAAAACACUCUGUAAAUGUUAGUAUUUUAUUACAUUAAGUUGUUAUUGAGGCCUUUUUAGAUAAAACUUGCACACAUAAGAUGAAAAUUGGAAAAUCCUUUUAAAAGCAGGACUUCUUUGUGUUCAACGAGAAGUAGCGCCUCAACUUUAAAGCUAGUUUUAAGUAUAAAAUAUUCAAAAAUAUGCAACUAAAAUCCUUUUAGAUUUAAUUAAGAACUAGACACAAGCACUGUAUAUAAGCAAACCCCAACGUGGUUCUGUAAAUGGUCUUUUUUCUACUUGUGUUAACUCUUUCUUUUAAUUUAUCUUUGAUCUAUCGGUUAUGGCAACAAUUUUUUCCAACAUUUAUAUACUCGCACCCACUUCAGAUUUGAUCAACAAGUUCAUUUAUUGGUGGUUAUACU